GAGCCAUCCAACUACCGUUUAAUAUCGAACCGAUACACGAGACGGAAAUAAAACCAGCAAGAUGGGAAAUGGCAUGAACAAGGUCAUGCCCGGGUUGUAUAUUGGCAACUAUAGGGACUCAAAGGACUACCAGCAGCUGGAUCGAUAUGGGAUUACGCACAUUGUCUCCAUACACGAUAGUCCUCGACGAUUUCAUCCAGAUAAACAUUACCUGUGUGUGAUUGCUGCGGACAAACCGGACCAAAACCUGUCGCAAUACUUUUCGGUGUGUAAUGAUUUCAUCCACUCGGCACGGCUCAAGGAGGGUAACGUACUGAUCCACUGUCUGGCUGGCAUGUCCCGCUCGGUAACGGUGGCCGUUGCCUACAUCAUGUGCGUCACACCAUUGAACUGGAAGGAAGCUCUAAAGGUAGUACGUGCUGGUCGCUCGAUAGCCAAUCCCAAUCUGGGGUUUCAGAAUCAGCUGCAAGAUUUUGAAACCAACAAACUGAUCGAGGAACGAAGACGGUUGAAGGAGCGUUUUCCGAGCUUAGCGCUUGAGUCGACGGACAAGGAGCAGUGCUACAUAGCGCUAGAUUACUACGAAGAGCUGCUGGAAAGCAAAGGAGUUUGCGAAGGUCAUUGCAAGUUCGGGAAGGACUGCCCAACGGGAAUCUGCCGGACGGAUUCCCGUGGUGGUAUAAGACCUUCACGAAAGCCGAGUCUCUCGUCGAAGAAGCAAUACAACACAUCACUCUCGACGUCACCCUCGACCUCAUCCCAGCUGUCGGUACGAAGCAUGGGUACGCCUGGCAGUGGAGGUGCUCAGUCAUGUCCCACGUCGCCCCGCUGCUCGAAAGCGUUAACUCAACGCCAGGGCGCUGGUGGUGGAGGCAACCGGAAUCCCGAGAACCCGCGUGCAGCUGGUGAGUAUGCGGCCGAAAUCGAUUUGGGUGAAAUAUCGGAGCUUCGGCGGAGCAGUAGCAUCGUCAGUACCUUUCGUCCACGAAGCAGCCCAGCCGGGUUGUAUUCCUAUACAGGCUCAGCGCCACCGUCCAUACACGGUUCGCGGGUUGAUUUGAACGUUAGUGGAGGUACCGGAUCUGCCAUCUAUCUCGGCUCAACUAGCGGAAGUGGUGGAACCAGUGGGUCUGGAGGUGCUGGUGUGGGAAGCGUAGGAUCAGCAAGUAAUUCUCCGGGACCGGCGAGACGGCUCAGUAUGAGAUCCACCCCCAAAUCAACACCCCGCUCAACACCAGAGUCAUCUCCGAAGGCAUCGCCCAAGAAGAGUGCUUCCUCAAGAUCCUUAGCAACCACGACCACAACCGGAAGCACAAACUCGCCGAGGAAAAGUGUGUCCGGCAACGGUGGUCGUACAGCAACGGUAACACCAGCCACGUCCACGCCGCCGAUCAAUACCAACCCGUGUCCGAAAGACAAGACAAGCAAACUAACCUCAAAAACCACCGUCCCAAGUAAUGCUACUAAUGCUAGUGCCACUACUACUACUACUACUACUACAACCACCAGUGCAUCCGGUGGCAGCGCAAUGAAUAGGGCCGCCACCACGCGUACUCCAUCAAUUGUGAUAGACAUAACCACAACUACGGCAACAAUUACGACAAGCACGACCUCCAGCAGCAAGGAUGCAGCUUACGGACGUCCAAACGAAAGACAGGACGCUUCGCCCAAGGACAUCACUAGGCCUGCUAGUGGGGGGAAAGGUAGCAACACUACCAACACUAAUGCAUCAUCCAAAACAAUGGUUGCGAGCAAUAAUGCUAACAAUAGAACUGUGAAGCAGUAG